GAAGGGGCGGAGCCGCGCCAUGGCCGCCGGGCGCCUCCCGCCGGGCGCGCUCACCCUCAGGCAGGUACGGGCGGGCUGGGGGCUCGGGCAGCGUCCUGUACAAACGACGGGCAGCUCGGCGGUUGUUUAAAUGUGUGCUGCGCGGCUCGCAGCGCUGUCCUGGGGCAGCGGGCAGACUUCCCUCUCUCCUUGCCAGUUCCUGAGGCGGCAGCAGGUCCUUCAGCUGUACCGCAAGAUCCUGCGGGCUAUCCGGGAGGUCCCUGCUGAGCAGGAUCGCCGCUACUUAAAGGACUGGGCCAGGGAGGAGUUCAAGAGAAAUAAGGAUGCUACAGAAGAGGAUGCAAUCAGGAUGAUGAUUACUCAAGGCAACAUGCAACUUCAGGAACUUCAGAGAACACUUAAGCUGGCAAAAUCCUGAUCUUCAUUUUGUUGACAGUUGGAUUUUUAUUUAUUAUAAAUAGGCAUUUUUCCAGAAUGUGAUUAUGUUUGAAGGAGGAAUCUACCUCUGGGGGGGUUUUGUUUUUUCCCCUUCCCCAUCUAUUUCUCAGUUUGGCUACUCUCAGAAGUGGAAAUUACUUGGACACAAAGGACAUUAAAAACUGCAUGGGUGAUGUAGCAUGUACUGCAGGAAAAGCAGAAAGUACCAAAAAUUACAACAGCUGUGUUAAUGUCAAUGCAAUGGAAAAUAAAUAUAUGCCAAAUUA